AUGGAUACAUUAGUUAAUAAAAGAGGAGGAGGAGCAGGAGGAGGUGUAGGUGUUGGGUCAGAUAUAAAUAUGGAUAACAUCAACAUAGAUGAUAGUGAUUGUUCAGACCUCGAUGAUGAACAAUACAGACAAAGUAUUAGAAAGCAUUUGGCAUGGUAUGAAAAGAUAGGUGUCGAUGCUUGUCUAUUGUCAAGAGUUAUCAUUUUCCUCAUUGUCAUAUUUUGGAUAUUAUUCGUUAUCUAUGCUGCGCUAACAAUGUAA